AUAGUCAACAGUAUAAGACCAUAUGAAGGGUACAGAUAUCACUAUAUUUAUGGCUUUCAUAUGGAAUUAUAUAGUAUUGAAUUUAACUGUAUUUAUGGCAACACGUGGCCUUUAGGAUUGCAUUAAACUCAGUUCAGGGCUGAAGCAAUGCUAAAAAGAGAAAGGUUAUAUUCCCGAUCCCACAAAGUGGGAUGAAUAUAAGCUUGAUAGUUGAAUCAGAGCAUAGAAGAAUCCCUGUUUUGACUACAACUCCCAGAAUGCUCCUUAGGGUGUACAUAAGUCGGAAUGACUUGAAGGCACAUAACUCUAACAAAAGGCCAUUUGCAACAUUUGCAGCUAUGGAGAGUUUUCAUGCAAAGAGUGAAUCCACCCUGGAGCUGUCCAAGUGGUUGCUGAAAUAGGUUCAGCACCUUGGAGAGCACCAAUAAUGUCCAAACUACUCCAUUGAUAUGGAAGCUACCUAUUGCUCUUGGUUUAAAUAUAUACAUUUAGAGAUCUAUACUUUGGCCAAGGAAAUGUCAGAGUUCUAUUACAAAACCCAGAACUUUUCUAAUUUCUGCUCCUUCUGACAUUUCCUCAUGCUGGAAAUAACUUCAAACCUUCAGCAGGUCAGUUAGGUUCCUAAAAGACCUUCAACUUAGUUAGGUUCCCAAAUGAUACUCAACUUUGGGAUCAGAAUAUAAAUCUUAGUUUAGCAGAUAGAGUCAAUAAUAUUCCAUGUAAAAUACUGUAGGUUAUUUCCUACUUUUUAAUUUGGUGUUCAACGUGUUUACAGUUGACACAAUCCAGAUGCCAGGCUGUUUCUGCAUUGGGAAGUUUUUCGAAGGAAGGAAGGAAAGAAAGAAAAAAAGGAAGGAAGGAAGGAAGGAAGGAAGGAUCCAUUUCUUUCACCUUUUGUGUCACCUGUGAAUGUUGCCAGUGCCAACUGGAUCACAAUAAGGAAAUGGCCUGUGUGCAUUCUGUGCCAGACACAGGUUUCAUGUUUGCAUAUUUAAACAGGAGGGUUUAAGGAAAACCAGACCUGGGUUCCCACUGAUUUCGGCCAGGUUUAUUGCAAAUCAGCUCCUGAUGUCAAGGCAACUUCUUGCCUGGGGAGCGAUGCAUGUGAUUUCCCUUCUUGUUUUGGAUCCUGUCCAGAAAGAGGCAGCAUUAGGGCUCACCAGAGUCUAUAUACUAACUACUGCCAUGUUUCCAUUCUAUGGCAUCCUGAGAUUCAUAGUUUGGUGAAAUUCUUAGAAUGCUUCUCUGCCCUGAACUAGAAUGUAUUAGAGUGUGUCUAUCUAAGGCUGGCAUGACACUGACUGUCAAGCCAACCUGCAUUCUGUGGUAGUGUAGAUCCAUCCCAAGUGUAUCUCAUCCUUGUAGACCCAUAGUAUGGGACUACAAGAAGCAUAUAGUACAAGCCAACCUGUGUUCUAGACAGUGUAGCUCCAUCCCAAGUGUAUACCAUCCUUGUAGAUCCAUUGUAUGUGUCUACAAGAAGCAUAUAAUAGCCAAACUGCAUUCUAUGGUGGUGUAGCUCCAUCUCAAGUGCAUCCCAUCCUUGUAGACCCAUUGUAUGGGUCUACAAGGAGAAUAUAAUAGUCAAACUGCAUUCUGUGGUAGUGUAGCUCCAUCUCAAGUGUAUCCCAUCCUUGUAGACCCAUUGUAUGUGUCUACAAGAAGCAUAUCCUAGCCAACCCGUGUUCUAUGGUAGUGUAGCUCCAUCCCAAGAGUAUCCCAUCCUUGUAGACCCAUUGUAUGUUUCUACAAAGAGAAUAUAAUAGCCAAACUGCAUUCUAUGGUAGUGUAGCUCCAUCCCAUCCUUGUAGACCCAUUGUAUCCUAUCUUUGUAGACACAUGCUAUGGCUCUACAAGGAUGGGAUACACUUGGGAUGGAGCUACACUGCCAUAGAAUGCAGGUUGGCUAUGAUAUGCUUCUUGUAGACACAUACAAUGGGUCUACAAGGAUGGGAUACACUUGGGAUGGAGUUACACUCCUUUCUUAACCUGGUUGGAGCCUAUAUUCUUCCAUCUUCUUCCAUCUUCUUCCAUCUUCUUCCAUCUUCUUCCAUCUCCUUCCAUCACUCUUCAGAGCUCUGUGGACUUCUCCAAGGGUUCCUUCUAGGCCUCUGCUGGAGCCACAAACCCUAGGGUUCGGUGGGAGGGAAGUCGACCCCUUGUAAGGGUCUGCAUGCGCAAUUAAAUGCGGGUUUGUUGCCUCUCUGCUCUUCCAAAGGGCUUGUUUGAAGGAGGGAAGGAAGGAGGGGAGGAGGAGGAGGAGGGGGGACCCGGGGGCGGGCUUUGGACGUGAGAUUUCAAACAUCAGAUCCCUGCGUUUAUAGAUUGGGUGCCCGGAAAUUUUUUUUCCAAAUAAACACAGCUUGAUUCGACUUGGGUGGGCAGACUUAUCAACAGCCCUAAUGCUAUAAACAAAAGGGAGAAGGAGAAGAAGAAGCCGGGCUCUGGGUGGGUUGGGGGGGGGGGGUCUGGGGACGCCUCUCCACGUGGAAAAAAGAAGACGAAGACGAAGGGGGCAAUGAGGGUUUUUAAUUAAUGUGGGUGGGCUGCGAAAGCGAGCGGGGCUGUUUAUGGGAGACCAUUUAUUUUCCAGCGCUAAGUCAACACACAGCAUCCAAGACGCACCACAAUUAUUGCACAUUUCCUUCCCCCCUCCUCUUCCCCUCCUUGAUUUCGUUCUGUAAAGUGUAAACCCCCCCAGUUUGGAAAGAGAGACAGAGAGAGAAAGAGUGAGAGAAAGAAGGAGGAGAAGGAAGAGGCAGGAGAAAGGAGUAGAACUUCUCUGCGCGCCGGAGAAGAAAGAAGGAGGUGGACCAGGCGGAGGGGGGCACCCCCUUUGGGACUCGCUGCCCCCCAAACCGGACUGAAUCCGGGCUCGAAACCGGGUCCAUCCGGAAGGGAAAUGAGCCAGCUUUACAGCGGUGCCCCCCACCCCCUGUUCCUCUAUGGGGCGGAGAGGCUACGAGGCGCUUUGCUGGGCUUCCCCUUGAGCCGCCCGGAUCCUCCCCAGAAGCCUCCCUACAGCUACAUCGCGCUCAUCGCCAUGGCCAUCCAGGCCUCGCCAGGUCGGAAGGUGACCCUCAACGGGAUCUACCAGUUCAUCCUCGAGCGCUUCCCCUUCUACCGGGAGAACAAGCAGGGCUGGCAGAACUCCAUCCGGCACAACCUGUCCCUCAACGCCUGCUUCGUGAAGGUGCCCCGCGAGAAGGGCCGGCCCGGGAAGGGCAGCUACUGGACCCUCGACCCCCGCUGCACGGACAUGUUCGAGAGGGGCAACUACCGGAGGAGGAAGAGGAGGCCCAAAGGCCUCGAGGGAGGCAGGAAGGAAGCCCUCUCGCCUGGGAAAGAGGACCAGGAGGAGGAGGAAGAGGGCCAGGAGGUCCAGAGCAAGAGCCAAAGGUCGGGACACCAAGAAACAUCUCUCCAAGGAUCUGGCCUUCAAGAACCAGGCUUGCCAGGGUCCUCCCUCCAAGAAUGGAGUCUCCAAGGAUCCCAAGAAGCUGCUCUCCAAGGAAGAUCGGGUCUCCAAAGACCGGGGUUGAAAGAAACAUCUCUCCAAGGAUCUGGCCUUCAAGAACCGGGCUUACAAGGGUCCUCUCUCCAAGAAUGGAGCCUCCAAGCACCCAAGGGUCUCCAAGAAGCAUCUCUCCAAGGAUCUGGCCUUCAAGAAGCGGUCUUGCCAGGGUCCUCCUCCCAAGAAUGGAGCCUCCAAGCACCCAAGGGUCUCCAAGAAGCUGCUCUGCAAGGACCCGGGUUGCAAGAAGCGGCUCUCCAAGGAUCUGGCCUUCAAGAAUUGGUCUUGCCAGGGUCCUCCCUCCAAGAAUGGAGCCUCCAAGGAUCCAAAGAAGCCGCUCUCCAAGAGUCCGACCUCCAAGGAUCUGGCCUACCAAAACCUGGCCUCCAAGAACAGGCUCUCCAAAAGCCAGGACUCCAAGAAUCCUGUCUCCAAGGAUCUGGCCUUCAAGAAUCGGGCUUGCAAGGGCCCUCCCUCCAAGAAUGGAGUCUCCAAGGAUCCAGCCCUCAAAGAGCAGGUCUCAAAGAAGCCAGACUCCAAGAAGCAGCUCUCAAAGAAGCCGGACUCCAAGAAGCAGCUCUCCAAGAAUCUGUCCAAGGAAGAUCGGGUCUCCAAAGACCGGGGUUGCAAGUAGCGGCUCUCCAAGGAUCUGGCCUUCAAGGAGAGGAUCUCCAAGAAGCUGCUCUUCAAGAAGCCGGCCUCCAGGAAUCAGCUCUCCAAGGAUCUCUCCCACGAAGAUCGGGCCUUCAAGAAUCGGCUCUCCAAAAGCCAGGACUCCAAGGACCGUGUCUCCAAGGACCCGACCUCCAAGAAGGGACUCUCCAAGGAGCGGCUGUCAAAGAAGAGGAUCUCCAAGAUCCCGACCUCCAAGAACCGGCUCCUGAAGGAUCUCUCCGACAAAGACCGGGGUUGCAAGGAGAGGGUCUCCCAAAGUCGGGCCCCCAAGAGUCGGACCUCCAAGGGUCGGGUCUCCAAGAAGGAAGCCUCCAAAAAUCGGGUCUCCAAGGAGGGCGUCUCCAAGGCUCGGGUCUCCAAGGAGGGAGUCUCCAAAGAUCGAGCCUCAUAGAUCCGGGCCUCCAAAGAUCGGGUGUCCAAGGAGGGAGUCUCCAAGGGCCAGGUGUCCAAGGAGGGAGUCUCCAAAGAUCGGGUCUCCAAGGAGGGAGUCUUCAAGGCUCGGGUCUCCAGGAUGGGAGUCUCCAAAGAUCGGGUCUCCAAGGAGGGAGUCUCCAAGGGUCGGGUGUCCAAGAUGGGAGUCUCCAAAGAUCGGGUCUCCAAGGAGGGAGUCUCCAAGGGUCGGGUCUCCAAGAUGGGAGUCUCCAAAGAUCGGGUGUCCAAGGAGGGAGUCUCCAAGGGUCGGGUCUCCAAGAUGGGAGUCUCCAAAGAUCGGGUGUCCAAGGAGGGAGUCUCCAAGGGUCGGGUCUCCAAGAUGGGAGUCUCCAAAGAUCGGGUGUCCAAGGAGGGAGUCUCCAAGGGUCGGGUCUCCAGGAUGGGAGUCUCCAAAGAUCGGGUCUCCAAGGAGGAAGCCUCCAAAGACCGGGCCUCCCCGCCAAGGCGCCUCCAAGCUUCAGCAUCGAGAGCAUCCUGUCGGAGAGCGCGCUCCGCCGCCGGCCGGGCCCCGCUUCCAAGGCCUCUCCGCCCGCCUGGUCCUUGGCUGAGUCCCGGGCGACCCCCUUCCUGCUCCUGGACUCGCCUGGCCUCGCCUUCGGCCAGCUGGGCAGCCUGCCCUUCCUCUCCUACCUGCCGCUCCGCUUCCCCGAGGCCGCGCUGCACUUCCCCUGAGAGCCAGGCAGGUGGGCAGGUGGGCAGGUGGGCUGCCUCGGCAGGUGGGAUGCUGCCAGGGAGGGGCGGGGAUGCUUUUAGCCCAGGCAUGGGCCAACUUUGGCCCUCCCUCCAGGUGUUUUGGACUUCCACCAUUCCUAAUAGCUUGUAGGGAAAGUCCAAAACACCUGGAGGGAGGGCCGAAGUUGGCCCAUGCCUGUUUGAGCCUCAGCCUUAGAGCACCAAGGCAGUAUUGGUGUCCUCCAAGGCUUUCAUGGGUGGCUGUUGUUGUGAUAAUCUCUGAGCGGUUAGACUCAAUUUAAUCCUCUGUGGGGGAGAUUCCACCAAAAAGUAGCAGAGUAGCAAAAGCAAUCCUUCAAAUGCAGCAGUUACUUACACGCGAUGAGCAAAGAGAAGCCUUUGACCAUUUAGGAUGGCAAUGGACUGCAGAGUCUCAGUAAAAGUUCAAAAAGCAUUUAUUCAGGUAAAAAGAACUCCAUUGUAGAUAGAAAGGCUUGGGAGCUGUCUAGUCUACUCUAGACUAGUUUCUAAGGAAAAAUAAGAAAGGAAAAAUAACAAACAUCUAAAUAGUUACAUCUUGCCAGGAGAGACAGCAAGAUGCUUCUUGUUAGCUAGAAGAACAAAAGGAGAAGAGACUGAACCAAAAUGGUUCCAACUUCAUGGUCCAGUUUAUUGGGGCCAUAAAAGACAUUCUGACCAAAGAAAAGUUAGUGUCUCUAAAGAUUCACAUUUCUACUAACUUCAAAGUACGGGAUGUGACGUAAACAGGAUAAACACAGUAAAGCCUAUCUAGGCAUGCUUUGGAAACAGGGAAAGGAUUCCCUCAAUCUAACUCUAUCAUCUAUCUAACUACAUUUAGACUUGAGUAGUCCAGGGUGAUUCCCAACAGCUGUGAGUUUUCAGGGCUGUGUGGCCAAUUUAGAAAUGUGCCAUCCAUGAAAACAUGAUUCAGAAGUACUCAUAGAACCUUUUUUUCCGUGUCAGGAGCAACCUAAGUUGCUUCUGGUGUGAGAGAAUUGGCCGUCUGCAAGGACGUUGCCCAGGGGACAUUGCCCGGAUGCUUUGAUGUUUUUACCAUCCUUGUGGGAGGGAGGCUUCUCUCAUGUCCCCUCAUGGAGCUGGAGCUGAUAGAGGGAGCUCAUCCGCACUCUCCCCGAGUGGGAUUCGAACCUGGCAGCUUUCAGGUCAGCAACCCAACCUUCAAGUCACGAGGCUUUUAUCCCCUAGGCCACCGGAGGCUCCAGAACCUUAAAAGAGGGGGAUGUGCUGGCAUUUCGUUUCUAAAGUAUCGUUAGUGAGAAAUUUCGUUAUAGUAACUGGGCAAGUGGGGAGACUUCAGGGGCUCAUUUCUCCUUCAUGUUUAAAUCUAUUGUAGUGAAACUUGCCACAAUGGUAGAACACAUUGACCACUACCAGCCCACCAAAUUUCAGAAUGUUACGGAUUUUUGGGGAAUUUUCAAAGUGGCAUACAACCAAAUGUAAUGAUUAUGCAAGGCAGUUGGUUUCAGUUGUUAGACUGAACAACCUGUUGUCUCUGGUCUGUUAGGAAAACAGGGAAUAUGCCAGUGCAUAAAAGGAGCAGCUCUUCAGAAUUGUUUUUCAGUGCCCUAAAUACAGGAGAAUCUCACUUAUCCGACAUAAACAGGCCGGCAGAACGUUGAAUAAGCGAAUAUCUUGGAUAAUAAGGAGGGAUUAAGGAAAAGCCUAUUAAACAUCAAAUUCAAUGAUGAUUUUACAAAUUAAGCACCAAAACAUCAUGUUAUAUAACAAAUUUGACAGAAAAAGUAGUUCAAUACGCAGUAAUGCUAUGUAGUAUGAAUUUAGCAUCAAAAUAUCAUGAUGUAUUGAAAACAUUGACUACAUAAAUGCGCUGGAUAAUCCAGAACGUUGGAUAUGUGAGUGUUGGAUUAGUGAGACUGUAUAUCUACUCUCCCAUAAAACAACUUGUUUUAUAUGUUGCGGCCGGAAUCACUGGGUUGCUGUGAGUUUUCCAGGCUGUAUGGCCAUGUUCCAGAAGCAUUCUCUCCUGACGUUUCACCCACAACUAUGGCAGGCAUCCUCCAACGCCUUUCCAAUCCCAUUCUGCCAAGAAGCAGGAAAAUUGCAUUCAAAGCAUCCUGACAGAUGGCCAUCUGCUUAAAAGCCUCCAAGGAAGGAGCCUUCACCACACUCUGCAGCAGAGAGUUCCACUGUUGAACAGCUCUCACAGUGAGGAAGUUCUUCCUAAUGUUCAGGUGCAUUCAUCAGCCGCAUUGGAUUUCUCUUCCAUUUCUUUCUGAGUUUUCUCCUCCAGGUUUUUUUUUAUUUGCAAACCAUGCAAACCAUGCAUUUUGAUUGUUGUUAUUUUGUGUUUUCAAGUCCUUUCCGACUUCUGGGGAGGGUGGAAAGUUGCAAAUGGAAAACAAGGGUUUUUUUUGAGGCUGAGAGAGUGUGACUCAAGACUACCCAUUGGGUUUCUGGAUUCGAACCCAGGCCUUUAUUUCUAUAGAUAAAGCAGGCAUGCAAACUUGGGCCCUCCAGGUGUUUUGGACUCCAACUCCCACAAUUCCUAACAGCCGGUAGGCUGUUAGGAAUUGUGGGAGUUGGAGUCCAAAACACCUGGAGGGCCCAAGUUUGCCCAUGUCUGAGAUAAAGGAAUAUAUAUGUUAUUUUUGUCUGUAAAAUACUCCAAGAAGGAAUUUCUGUUUACUUUUUGUUCCUGUUGUUUUUCAGAAAGCCUGCCUCUGUUUAGACAGAAGAUAUAGCAGUGUAUUUCUUAUUUUUUUCCAGCCCGUAUCCCCAUUUCCCGAAUGGGAUUUUAUUUGCAUUAAUCCAAUAGCAAUAAUAUCAAUCAAUCAAUUUAUUAAUGCUCCGACCAAUGGUCAUAUGCAUUUACAGAAACAACAUCAAACAAACAUCUAUACAAUAAUAACAAUAAUAAUAAAUGAUUUUUUU